AUGUUCCUUCCUUCAUUGAUCUUGGCUGCUGGCAGCCUGCCAACUCUCAUUGCAGCUAUCCCCCAUGGCUCGCAAUCGCACCACAACUUGCACCGUCGCGCCUCGGCUGCGUAUGCCGUCAUGGGUGGUAACGGCGCUGCCUCCGACGGAUGGCCCUCUAUGAGCCAAUGGAAGGCCUUCGAUACUCUCUGGGGCCUCAACGAAAUCCUGAUCAGCGCUUCUUGCGACAACUCCGACGAGGAAACCGCGGCCAUCAAGUCGAGCAUCCAGUCAAUUGCUGAGGAAACAGGAGUCGACGAGCGAUUCAUCCUUGCCAUUGUCAUGCAGGAGAGCAAGGGCUGUGUUCGCGUUCAAUCCACCAACAACGGUGUCCAGAACACCGGUCUGAUGCAAAGCCACGAUGGAACUGGCUCCUGUAACAAGGACGGCAGCAAGACCACCCCCUGCCCCUCCUCCAUGAUCCACACCAUGAUCAAGGAUGGAACCGCUGGUACCUCAGCUGGUGACGGUCUGCAGCAGUGCUUCGCCGCCCAGAGCGGCGAGGAGGCCGCCAAGUACUACAAGGCCGCUCGUACCUACAACUCCGGCUCUGUCGACGCCUCCGGUAACCUCGGCCAGGGUGGUGCUACUCACUGCUACGCCUCUGACAUCGCCAACCGUGUUGGCGGUUGGGCUGGUGAUGUGACUGAUUGUAUCGAGUCCACCAUUGGUUCGAUCACCAGUGGUCUUGCCGACGCCCUUACCGGUGGAUCCGACUCUGGAUCCGACUCCAGCUCUGAGUCUAGCUCUUCGUCCGCUGCCGCGCAGCCCACCGAGACCCCAGAGCCCGAGACCUCUUCCGCCGCCCCCGUUGAGACUGCUCAGCCAUCCUCCACUGCUCAGCCCUGGACCCCCGAGCCUGCUGCUUCUUCCGCUGCCCCCACUGAGUCUGUCUCCGUGGCCCCUGUCCCUACACAGACCCCCAAGAUCAACAUGGCCGCCCAGGCUUCCACCCCUACCCCGGCCUGGACUACCAAGUCGGCCCCUGCGCCCACUGCCGAAGCCACAUCGUCUGACUCGACUGCUCCUAUCUAUCCCCAAGCUGCUUCAUCCUGUCAGAAGUAUGUCACCGUUUCCAGCGGUGACUUCUGCAACAAGGUUGCGGAAUCUGUUGGAAUCUCGUUCUCUGAUCUCCGCAGCUUGAACCCCGGUCUCGACGAGACUUGCUCCGACCUGUGGCUCGGAUACCAGUACUGUGUGAAGGCUUAG